UGACGCUGAGCAUGCGCCAAGCCAAUCCAGCCCGAACUUCGCGUCGAUGUGCACUCAGUCUCUUCCCGCCGCUUCCUCUGUCGCCCACAUUAUGACCUCGCGAAGAUGGGAUGAAUGCGGGUGCUCCGAGCCACACAUCCUUCCGGAGAGCGCCCCAUCCACGGCGUAUUUGGCGCCCCUUGCUCCAUCCACUCCUCUAUGCUCAAAGGACGGGCACCCGGCUCCGCUUGUGGAUAACGACGCCUACCCUCGCCCCCUCUGAGAAGAGCCAACGCGAUCACUAAUGCUGACAGACCCCGACCAAUCACGCUCCUUCACCAAGCACUGCUUGAGCGGCCAGGUCACGCUGUCGUCCUUCAGGGGCUGGUUUCGAGUCUUGGCGCGGGCGUCUGCCCCCAGACCCCCCACAGCACUGCCACUGCUGUGGGGGUGCGUGGGGGUAUAAAGAGACUAUCUGGAGAGCGGGGGAAAGACUCAGGAUCUUGUCCGUGCGUCCGUGCAUCCAAAGCUACAGCCAUGGUCAACCUCCGCCGCAUUGAAGACCGCCCGACGCCGCAGGAGGUGUACAACUGGCGGGUGUAUGCCAAUGCUAUUAUUGCCGCGUGGGGUGCUGUGGCCGGAUACGACUCGGCCUUCAUCGGGACCUCGAUCAGCUUGACGAGCUUCAAGUCCGAGUUCGGCAUGCUGCACAAGUCGACGACCGAGCUCAACCUCAUCUCGGCCAACAUCGUCUCCGUCUUCCAAGCAGGAUGCUUCUUCGGCGCGUUUGCCGGCUACGGCUUUGGCUACUUCCUGGGGCGCAAGAUCGGCCUGAUCAUCGCCAGCGGCAUCUUCGUCGCCGGCGCUGCCCUGCAAUGCGCCGCGUCUUCCUCCACCGGUCUGGGGCUCAUGUACGCCGGCCGCGUCAUCGUCGGUGUCGGUGUCGGGAUUGCGUCCAACCUCGCUCCGAUCUACAUUGCCGAAAUCUCGCCCCCUGCGAUCCGUGGGCGACUGAUUGGCCUGUACGAGCUGUGCUGGCAGACGGGUGGUGUGGUCGGGUUCUGGAUCAACUACGGUGUCACGCAGCAUAUCCCGCCCAGUCGCAAGCAGUGGUUGAUCGCGUUCGCCGUUCAGCUGGUGCCCGGUGGCAUUCUCUUCCUUGGCGCCCUGUUCUUGGUCGAAUCUCCCCGGUGGCUCGCGAUGAAAGACCGCAGCGGCCAAGCGUUACGCAACUUGUGCGUCCUGCGCAACCUCCCUGCGGAUGCGCCGUACGUCGUGGAAGAGCUCGCGGAGAUCGAGGCUGGUAUCGUCCACGAACGGAGCCUGGCCGGCGCCGGAUUUUUCGGGCCCAUGUUCUCGGUCUUCCGCAGCCCUGCUCUGAUCUACAGGCUCCUUCUGGCAUGCUCCCUGUUCGUUUGGCAGAACGCUACAGGCGUGAAUGCAGACUUAUUAUAUGGGCGUGUCAAACGGGCAUGUCCCGCCAAGCGGAGUUUGAAUUUGGCUUGGCGGGCAUUUGAUGGCGGGCAUGGGCAUGGGCAUGGCUUGUGCCCAACUUUUUUAAUCUUAGGACAUGGUUUGGUGUCGGACGGACGCUGCGGACAUCGCGCUGUUGCCGUGUUGGUCGUUCUGCGAUCGGUCAAGUCCAGAUCGGCACUGGUGGUGAUGUAAGGCUUCCCACGCUAAUCAACCUUCGUCGUCGCCGUCGGGUGGCCUCAGAGGAAUGUUGAAUUGUUAAUAGACUAAUAUGAGAUAUUGUACGAGUCAAUGAACAAUAUAACAACCUAUUUCUUUC